ACGAUCCAAUGCCUGAUGACCCAGUGCCCACUGUCAUGCCUGGUGACCCGAUGCCCGCUGUCGUGCCUGAUGACUCGAUGCCCGCUGUCGAGCGAGACAAUCCAAUGCCUGAUGACCCAGUGCCCGCUGUCAUACCUGGUGACCUGAUGCCCGCUGUCGUGCCAGUUGACUCAGAGCCAGCUGUCACGCCUGGUGACUCGGUGCCCACUGCCUUGCCAGAUGACUCGGUGCCCGCUGUCGAGCCAGAUGACCUGAUGCCUGGUGACCCGAUGCCCACUGUCGUGCCUGAUGACCUGGUGCCCGCGGUCGAGCAAGACGAUCCAAUGUCUGAUGACCCG